AAAACUGUACAGGUCAAACCGUGCAAAAAUUGAUGUGUGUGGCGAAAAACCGUCCGACUUAACCGCGUUCCAAAAAAUCAGUUGUUGCUUGAUUUUUAACUGCGCGAUUUUGCACGAACUGGUAAAUCUCGUGGGUGGAGGAACGAAAUUAUCAGUGGCGGCUUAGUGCUCAAUGUUCGUGAAUCAUGGCUGAUAUACGGCAUAUGAAUAAAGAUUUCUUAACCGAAUUUAUUGAACUGUACCGCAGUCUACCGUGCCUUUGGAAAGUCAAAAGUAAAGAGUAUAGCGACAGAACCAAAAAAGAUAAAGCCUACGAAGCAAUGGUCGCGAAGCUUCAGGAAAUCGAUGCAAAUGCGAAUAGAGAGACUGUGAAGAAAAAAAUAGAUUCCAUGAGGGGCUGUUUCCGAAAGGAAAUGAAGAAAAUGAAACAAUCGACAAAAUCUGGUGCAGGAUCUGAAGAUAUAUGUAAACCCCGCCUGUGGUACUACAACCUUCUGCUUUUUUUGUAUGAUCAAGAGAAACCUAGAGAAGCAGUGUCCAAUUUAGAUGAAACUGGGUCCAAUAGCGAUGGAGACUCUGUUCAGCAUUCCGAUUUGGUAGAUAAGCAACUCCGACCUUCAUCUUCCAGUUCAACUAUCAGAUCUACACCACGUUCUGGGGGAUCUGUUCAAAGCAAGAAAAGACUGAAACCUAAUGCAGAUGAUAUAUUGAAAAAAGUCGAUCGACAAUUAGAUGAGGCACGUAGACAUGAUGAUGAGUUUGACAUAAUUGGAAAGAAUAUUGCCAAUAAAUUACGGCAAUUGCCAAAAGAAACAGCAAUGGUCACGGAAAAAUUGAUGCUGGAUAUUUUAUAUGAAGCCCAAUUUGGCGGUGUUGAUAAACAUUCCAGAAUCAAUUUGUACAAAAUAUCUCCGCAUCAGAACCUACAACCUACACCUGAACUUCCGAGUCAACCUCCAACGACUACAGAUUCGCCUUCAACGUCAGCACGUUCUUUUUAUUCAAAUUUUAUAUAUGAUUAUGAUCAUCAUUACUAAUAUCUGUAUUUAAUAUAACACUUUGCAAAUAUAAGAUAAACUGAAAAUGGAAUGUGUUUAAAUUUUACCUUUAAAUAUUCAUUUUUUAAAACGCUGUAGAUAGCCUCACACGCAUCUGGUAUAAUUUCUCCUAAUGCUUGGGGUGAUAUAAUCGUUAAAAAUUUCAGGUCUUCAUAGGUUCUUCCAGUUGCAAGAAACCGUAGAGUCGCCGUAAGUCGUUCGUGAGGUGAUAUAGCUUUUCUCAUAUGAGUGUCCUGCUUUUUAAUUAGAGGUGUCACCCGAUUCAGUAGUAAAAAGUAUGUGUCCUCGUCCAUACGUAGGUAGUUAUUCCAAUCAGUGGGUUCCAAUCUCAAUUCGUUUAGGAAAUUUAUAUGGGAAAAUGUAUUCCUUUGCAGAAGCCAGUCCUUUGACCACUUCGAUCGAUUUUUCGAACGAUUUUUUUUGUAAGCUAAAACCGCCGCCACUGCAAGUAAAUUAAGUCGUUCUUCUUGCAUGAUUUCACGUUCAAAACUGACACAAAAAUGCACUGUGUGUGUCGACAACGUUCCAUCGUUCUGAACCGCACAGUUUUACCUGUUCGUUCCAAACCGUGCAAAAAGAACGAUGUCUGUGGGGCCCUUUAUAAACAAGCUUAUCGAAAAUUUUUAAGCUGCAGUUGUACCGAAAGAAUCUGUGUGUAUUGACGAGACUCUUGUGCCAUUCAGAGGACACUUAACCUUCAAACAGUACAUAAAAAAUAAACGCCACAAAUUCGGUAUCAAGUUGUAUAAACUGUGCAUAGAAAAGGGAUACACUACAAUAUUUCAGUAUACUGCGGUCAAGAUAAGGUCCAUAAUCAGUUAUCAUCGCAAAAUAUUGUACUCAUCUUGGCCGCAAAUCUGUUGAAUGAAGGUCGUACGAUUUACACUGACAACUAUUAUACGAGUGUAGCAUUAGCACAUGCACUGCUGGAUAAACAAACUCAUUUAGUUGGAACCCAAAGAAGUUACUGAAAAAAAAUUGAAAACAGGAGAGACAGUUGCUGCUGAAAGUAACUCAGGCAUAGUAGUUCAGAAGUGGAAGGAUAAAAGGGAUGUCCUUACUUUGAGCACAAAGCACACUUCAGAGUUAGUAAAAGUUAAGUACGGCUCCAAAGAAAAAGAAAAACCGCCUUCAGUUCUCGACUACAACAACCAUAAGGCAUAUAUUGAUCUGUCCGAUCAAGCGUAUCACACUUGUCUAAGGCGAGGAGUCAAGUGGUAUAUAAAGCUGGCUGUGGAGCUUUUGACUGGCACUGCCAUGGUAAAUGCCUAUAUUUUACACCAAGAGGUAACUAACAACAAGAUAAGUGUCACACGAUUCAAGGAAAUCUUGAUAUCAAAUCUGGUUUGUUUGGAAGAUCAAAUCCCUUAUGCCGAGAAGGAGGAACCUGAGCAACAGCAUUUUCUUCAGGACAUUGGUAGAGAUCACCUGGAUGCUAUGAAAAACUUAAAAUAUAAACUGAUCCUUUGCUAGCCCAAGCAAAAGCUACACGCACCAAAUUGAGAUGUGUCCAAUGUAACAAGAAUUAUUGUAUAUCUUGUUUCUUUGAGGUGCAUAAGUGAACAAAAUAAUUUUUUUUAAAAGAAUCGUUUGAGUUUUUUGAUGUGACUUUAUUUUGUUUUAGUCUAUUAG